GCCCUUGCCACGUUCAGUUUCAGCAGAGCAGGCAUUCCUCCUGCCCACUGUCCAGUUAUUGAAGACAUGGUGCUCCAGUCGUCGUUGAAGAACUGUGUUUGGCUGUCCUGUGUCCUCAGGACUCCAAAAGCUGGCUUCAGGAGCACAGCUAGUGGAGGCCUCAUUAUCCAGUCUGUUUCUAAUGAUGUUUUCCAAAAUCUGGCCGUGGAAGACUGGAUCCAUGACCACAUGGAUUUAGAGAAGCGACAGGUCCUUUAUCUUUGGAGAAACUCCCCUGCUGUGGUAAUAGGGAGACAUCAGAAUCCCUGGUAGGAAUGCAACCUCAGGCUGUUGAGGCAAAAGAAUAUAAAACUAGCCAGGAGAAGAAGUGGAGGAGGGACAGUUUACCAUGACUUAGGGAAUAUCAAUUUGACUUUCUUCACAACCAGAAAAAAAUACGAACGAAUGGAAAACCUGAAACUAGUUGUGAAGGCCUUGAAAGCCUUGCGCCCCCAGUUAGAUGUCCACGUCACUGACAGGUAUGACAUCUUGCUAGAUGGGCAAUACAAAAUCUCAGGUACUGCUGCAAAGCUGGGAAGGACAAGUGCUUAUCACCACUGCACCUUACUCUGCAACGCGGAUAAGUUUGUUUUAUCUUCGGUACUAAAAAGUCCUUACAAAGGGCUGAAAAGCAAUGCCACUCCUAGUGUGCCUGCCUCGGUGAAAAAUCUCUUUGAGGAGGAUCCUAGUUUAACUUCUGAGAUGCUCCUGGAUGCCAUUGCUAAAGAAUAUGCUAUGCAGCACCAAAUAGAUCAUCAUAUCACCGUAAUAAAUCCAGCUGAUGAGACUCUGCUUCCUGGAAUUAAUCACAAAACUGAAGAGCUACAAACCUGGGAAUGGGUGUAUGGAAAGACACCAAAGUUCAGUGUUAGCACGUGUCUUAACAUGGCCUAUAAAGGUUCUGUUCUUGAUGUUAAAGUAAAUAUGGACGUAAAGCAUGGGAGGAUUGAAGUCUGUAACAUUGAUCUGCCAGAGCAGUGGCUGCCACCAGCACUGUACAGCCAACUGGUCAAUGGCCUUACUGGCAGUAAGUUUUGCCCAAAUGAAACCACUACACUAGUGACAACUUUGCUAAGAGUGUGUCCACAAGAUGACGAGUUGCACAGCAGGUGGAAUCUGCUGUGUGAGAAUAUGUUAAUGUUAAUGUGAUUGCAUUCUGAAAAUAUCACUUUUAUUAAGUCAAACCUCUGCUGCUUUUUUAUUUAAUGUGUUGAAAACAAAAUUAAAACAUUGA